AGCUUUUAGCCAUGGAGGGAUUGGUGAAGAAAUAUCAGCAAAGAUUUAGAAAAGUGAGAGGAUUAAUGGAGGAAUGGGAACAGCUUCAAUCUCGAUUAAUCUCUCAAUUUAGUAACGCUUCUGCUAUUAUUGAGAGGUUAAAGGUGAUUGGAGAUUGUAAUAAUUAUGGUAAUUUGAAGAGUGUGGAUGGAAUUGUAGAUGCAGUGGUGAGAAAGCAGCUCGAGUCUUUGCAGACCAUUUUGCUUUCCAUGAAUAAGACUUUGGAAGAGUUUCGCGGUGUGGUUUUGACAAUUGAGAAGAUGUAUAGGGAUGGUAGACAGUUAGUUAAAGGGGGUGGAGGUUCUAAUCAGUUGAAUGUGAAACAAUUGCGGCAACGAAUUGGGAUUAAACCAUGUCUCGCUGACUGUCUAGAUGGGCUUAUGAUUCUUCAUGAAAUGCAUCAGGCUGAAUACCUGCUUAAAUCAUCAGUUGUUUCAGCACUUUCAGCGCUCACCUUGAAACCCAGUUCCAGUGAUCUUGGUGCGCUGCAACAACUCUUGAUUGAUCAGCCUAAUAUCCCCAAAGAGGAAGUACAAGUCAUCUUUGAAAUUAUUUUUGCGGAAGAGAUCUGUUAACUCCCUUCGUGGUUGCUGAUAAGAGUCUGUGUGGAAACCCGGUAGCAGCAUGUAGAUGGAGACACAGGAGUGAGUCUCCAUCUUCCUACCAAUAUAACUCGUCAUCUAUCAAAGCACAUGUGGAAUUCUCGAUCCAUCGUCCCAGAGAAAACCACUCAAAAGCUUUCUUCUAGAGAUGCCUCUCCUACAAUUCAAAUGAUGAUAGAAGAUGCCGAUACACAAACGCAAACAAUUUUAUUUCUUGUAUUAGAAAUACGCUACCAUGGACGUGUUGUAUAUUUUUCUAAGGUCAGUAACCCAUGUGUGGGUGCAAGCUCAAGGCCAAGUUUUUCAA